GCGAAAUGAAAGAUAACAUCCGAAAAUAAGGCUUUGGCGUCCAGAGUUGGCCUCCGUUGGAAUUAUGACACGGAAAUGAGUUUGCAGGCUAUUUGGAUCGUGCAAACUCCCAAACGGGGAUCAAAAUCCAAUGCAGAAGUUGUGUUUUCUAGGUGGUAUCAACCUUUUAUUAAAAAAAGCAAACUUCUGAGUGGGGACAGUUAUGUUCCUAUCCCGGCAAAUCCAGACUUUGCAAAGGCUAUAUGUCAUGAACUUGCUUUGAUGGACCAAAAAGGCAGUGAUUUGUAUGUUUGUGAGAGGGACAGCUGUAGACAGGUGCAGGAGAAACCAGUGUAUGAAGUCAACACAGGGGCUGGUAAGCUAUGGCCUCUCGUUAUUGUUGAACAGCCCCAGCUGCUGUUUUGUUGUUUGCCAUUUGUGCCACAAAGCCUCAAUCCCAAGCCACCACUCAUAGACAUUCCAGGGGUUACAGUUGGUUUUACAUUGCUUUGUGCGCUUAUGGACUUCCUUCGAAACACAGCACCAAAUGAGGUUGAGCAGAGGACGAGUGACCUGUAUGCAUUCUUGUCCCAUGCUGCACCUUAUGGCUCGGUGGUAGAUACUUCUGUGGAUUCCGUCCUUGCCAAAGUCAGCAACAAGUUCACAGCAGCAAGCAAAUCGCUGAAGCAGCCCUCAUGGCGUUCAGCCAGCCAUCGUGGAAAAAACCAGAUGUAUCUGGCCAUCACUGAACAUGUCCGCUCCACCCAGUAUGACAGGGAGAAUGUUGAGGAUGUCUGGGAAGUGUAUGGCACAGUGACCUGCAAGGCGGAGCUGGAGGGACACACGCCAACCGUUACCAUGACAAUCUCCCAGGCAACUGAGGGUGAGGUCACACCCAUCAACCACCUGCUUAUACACCCAUGUGUGCAGAGUGCCGAUGCCUACAUCCUUGAGGAGGGUCGGGAUCGAGCAAUACCCCGGAGGUUGCGUUUCACACCACCACUAGAGAUGUUCACCCUGUGUCACUAUACAGCAGAAAAGCCAUCCCGACCACCCAUUACCGGUAGCUUUGAAAUGUUUGUUGAGGAGGACAGGGCCAAGGUCAAGGCUAGUCUACAGCUGAGUGAGGCUGUUAAAAACAACUUUGACUACUGUGAACUACAGAUACCAUUUGGGAAAAGGGGGUCCAUUAUCCUGCUGGAGUCAUCAGUCAACCAUGGUACCUUGAAUGUGCCAGCCAAUAAAAGAACCCUAGUAUGGAAUAUAGGAAGUCGGUUCCCAGCACGCCAGGGGGAGGUAACCAUGUCUGCCAUAAUACAACUGGGUACCAGUCAGGAGGACCGGCCAGCCACUCUAGAGGAGGAGUUCUGUACAGGGCAGAAUGCUUAUGCUCAGCUGUUCUUUAAGAUAUCGGACUACACUCAGUCGGGCAGCGCUAUUGAUGCCAAGUCCAUACAGGUGGCCCCCAACAUGAAAUUCAAACUCAGUUGUGCGCGAGAGUACCUGGCGGGGGAGUACAAGUUCUGGAAUGUGCACGGGGAUAGCUUGGUGUCCGCUGUCCCCCGCUGCCUUAGCGAUCAUGCUCUCACUUCAGAUUAGGGAGAAUGAAGCCACGCAUCAAUGGAACUUCUGUAAUUACUGUCUAGUUGGCCUUUAUGAAUGACAUGACUAGCGAGAAUGGUGCUAAUUUGUGCUCAUUUCCGUAUCUUGUAAGUAAAUUCCGUUCAAUUGUACCAUGUUUAUGCAUUUUCAGGGAUUGGUGCAAUACGUUCUUAUUCAUUUUGAUACAUUUUGUUAAUAACAUUGAAUAAAAUUGUAAAACAUA